CUGGUUAAGAUGAAAGAGGCCAAUGACAUUGAGGUGAAGCUAAAUGAGGUGGAGAGGUUACUGAAGAAUACGAUCAACAUGCCAUGGAAGGUAGGUUACGCUACUACCACCCCCUGCACACAUAUUGUAUUUGAUUAACAUGUGCGCACAUCUAUUCACUUAUACAGCUUCAGACAUACCACAUUUGACUCAGGUUAACUCUCAUGCAUUGUGUAUGGUUCACAUUAAAAUAACCCAAACUCAUGCUGCCUGUGUGGCACUCCACAGUAUUCUAGGUCAGAGGUGGUGUUGACAUUCUUUGAACGAUCACCCUUGGACCAAGUGCUGAAGAAUGACAACAUCCACAAGAUCCAGCCAUGCUUCCAGAGUCCAUACAAGAUAUCAGGUAUUGAUUCAUUAGGAAACAUAGGGGCUCCUCUGAUUCCCCUUACUUCAAAUCAAAUUUGUAUUUGUCACAUGCGCCGAAUACAACAGGUAUAGACCUUACCGUGAAAUGCUUCCUUACAAGCCCUUAACCAACAAUGCAGUUCAAGAAAUAGAGUUAAGAAAAUCUUUACUAAAGAAACUAAAGUUAAAAAAGAAAAAAUAUAGAAAUAACAAUAAUGACGCUAUAUACAGGGGGUACCGGUACCGAGUCAAUGUGCGGGGGUACAGGUUAGUCGAGGUAAUUUGUACAUGUAGAUAGGGGUAAAGUGACUAUGCAUAGAUAAUAAACAGCGAGUAGCAGCAGUGUAAAAACAAGGGGGGGGGGGUGAUCAUUGUAAAUAGUCCGGGUGGCCAUUUGAUUAAUUGUUCAGCAGUCUUAUGGCUUGGGGGUAGAAGCUGUUAAGGAGCUUUUUGGUCCUAGACUUGGCGCUCCGGUACCGCUUGCCGUGCGGUAGCAGAGAGAACAGUCUAUGACUUGGGUGACUGGAGUCUUUGACAAUGUUUUUGGCCUUCCUCUGGGCCGUACGCACUACCCUCUGUAGCGCCUUACGGUCAGAUGCCGAGCAGUUGCCAUAUCAGGCAGUGAUGCAACCGGGCAGGAUGCUCUCGAUGGUGCAGCUGUAGAACUUUGAGGAUUUGGGGACCCAUGCCAAAUCUUUUCAGUCUCCUAAGGGGGAAAAGGUGUUGUCGUGCCCUCUUCACGACUGUCUUGGUGUGUUUGGACCAUGAUAGUUCGUUGGUGAUGUGGACACCAAGGAACUUGAAACUCUCUACCCACUCCACUACAGCCCAUCGAUAUUAAUGGGGGCCUGUUCAGCCCGCCUUUUCCCCUAGUCCACGAUCAGCUCCUUUGUCUUGCUCACAUUGAGGGAGAGGUUGUUGUCCUGGCAUCACACUGCCAGGUCUCUGACCUCCUCCCUAUAGGCUGUCUCAUCGUUGUCGGUGAUCAGGCCUACCACUGUUGUAUCGUCAGCAAACGUAAUGGUGUUGGAGUCGUGUUUGGCCACGCAGUCGUGGGUAAACAGGGAGUACAGGAGGGGACUAAGCAUGCACCCCUGAGGGGCCCUAGUGUUGAGGAUCAGCGUGGCAGAUGUGUUGUUGCCUACCCUUACCACCUGGGGGCGCCCCGUCAGGAAGUCCAGGAUACAGUUGCAGAGGGAGGUGUUUAGUCCCAGGGUCCUUAGCUUAGUGAUGAGCUUUGUGGACACUGGUGUUGAACGCUGAGCUGUAGUCAAUGAACAGCAUUCUCACAUAGGUGUUCCUUUUGUCCAGGUGGGAAAGGGCAGUGUGGAGUGCGAUUGAGAUUGCAUCACCUGUGGAUCUGUUGGGGCGGUAUGCGAAUUGGAGUGGGUCUAGGGUUUCCGGGAUGAUGGUGUUGAUGUGAGCCAUGACCAGCCUUUCAAAGCACUUCAUGGCUACUGACGUGAGUGCUAUGGGGCGGUAAUACUGACGUGAGUGCUACAGGGGCGGUAAUCAUUUAGGCAGGUUACCUUCGUUUCCUUGGGCACAGGGACUAUGGUGGUCUGCUUGAAACAUGUAAGCAGGCCCAACAUGGCAUCCGAACCAAGAAACCUCUAACGGAUCAGAUAAGAUAGCAUUUUAUUGUCUGUUUUCAAAGAAAUGUGCCUUGCAUUAUAACAAAUUCCUUAGAGGAAACAACAACAGGCAAUAUAGAAACAAAUAUAUGGGGGCAGAAGACUGUUCAUGUCCUGAACUGUAGAAUGUUGUAAGGGUUUUUUGCUCUCCCCUGGCCAGUGGUUAUGUCAAUCUGUCUGUUUUAUGCCCCACAGAGAUCAUGUGUUUGAAUGGCUUCUGUCUAGCCAACACUGAGACCAUCGUGUUUGACGAGUGUCUGCCACAGGACAAAGAAAGACCCUCAUCCACUGACUCUGCAGAACACCAGUAAGUAGCACAUUACUUAUUACUUAUUUUACCUGUUAGAUUCACCUUGCCAGUCAAUACGAAUGUCAUUGUACAGUUGAAGUCAGAGGUUUACAUACAAUUUAGCCAAAUACAUUUAAACUCAGUUUUUCACAAUUCCUGACAUUUAAUCCUAGUAAAAAUUACCUGUCUUAGGUCAGUUAGGAUCACCACUUUAUUUUAAGAAUGUGAAAUGUUAGAAUAAUAGUAGAGAGAAUGAUUUAUUUCAGCUUUUAUUUAUUUCAUCACAUUCCCAGCGGGUCAGAAGUUUACAUACACUCAAUUAGUAUUUGGUAGCAUUGCCUUUAAAUUGUUUAACUUCCACAAGCUUGGGUCCAACGUUUCGGGUAGCCUUCCACAAUCUUCCCACAAUAAGUUGGGUGAAUUUUGGCCCAUUCUUCCUGACAGAGCUGGUGUAACUGAGUCAGGUUUUUAGGCCUCCUUGCUCGCACACGCUUUUUCAGUUCUGCCCACACAUUUUCUAUAGGAUUGAGGUCAGGGCUUUGUGAUGGCCACUCCAAUACCUUGACUUUGUUGUCCUUAAGCCAUUUUGCCACAACUUUGGAAGUAUGCUUGGGGUCAUUGUCCAUUUGGAAGACCCAUUUGCGACCAAGCUUUAACUUCCUGACUGAUGUCUUGAGAUGUUGCUUCAAUAAAUCCACAUAAUUGUCCUUCCUCAUGAUGCCAUCUAUUUUGUGAAGUGCACCAGUCCCUCCUGCAGCAAAGCACCCCCACAGCAUGAUGCUGCCAUCCCCGUGCUUCACGUUUGGGAUGGUGUUCUUCGGCUUGCAAGCAUCCCACUCUUUGUCCCCAUAUGCAGUUGCAAACCGUAGUCUGGCUUUUUUAUGGCGAUUUUGGAGCAGUGGCUUCUUCCUUGUUGAGCAGCUUUUCAGGUAAUGUCGAUAUAGGACUCGUUUUACUGUAGAUAUAUAUACACUUUUGUACCCGUUUCCUACAGCACCUUCACACGGUCCUUUGCUGUUGUUCUCGGAUUGAUUUGCACUUUUCGCACCAAAGUACGUUCAUCUCUAGGAGACAGAACGCGUCUCCUUCCUGAGCAGUAUGACGGCUGCGUGGUCCCAUGGUGUUUAUACUUGCGUACUAUUGUUUGUACAGAUGAACGUGGUACCUUCAGGCGUUUGGAAAUUUCUCCCAAGGAUGAACCAGAUUUGUGGAGGUAUACAAAUUUUUUUCGGAGGUCUUGGCUGAUUUCUUUAGAUUUUCCCAUGAUGUCAAGCAAAGAGGCACUGAGUUUGAAGGUAGUCCUUGAAAUACAUCCACAGGUACACCUCCAAUUGACUCAAAUUAUGUCAAUUAGCCUAUCAGAAGCUUCUAAAGCCAUGACAUAAUUUUCUGGAAUUUUCCAAGCUGUCUAAAUCCACAGUCAACUUAGUGUAGUAAGCUUUUGACCCACUGGAAUUGUGAUACAGUGAAUAUAAGUGAAAUAAUCUGUCUGUAAACAAUUGUUGGAAAAUUUACUUGUGUCAUGCACAAAGUAGAUGUCCUAACCGACUUGCCAAAACUAUAGUUUGUUAACAAGAAAUUUGUGGAGUGGUUGAAAAACGAGUUUUAAUGACUCCAACCUAAGUGUAUUUAAACUUCCGACUUCAACUGUAUAUUGAAACAUACAUUGUAAUUUCCUCAACCUCAUAGAAGAGGUGAAAUUGUGUGUGUGGGAGUUAUUAUUUAUAUAUUUUCUACAAUGUUGACUUUGGGGCUGUAACUUCCUGCUUCACAAAGAGAGAAGCAUGACAGUAUGCAUGUUAACCCGCUUCUAUUUUCUUCAACCUUAGUCAUUCUGUUUUUCUCAUCCAUUUAGGCCUAUUUUAUUAUACAAAUGCAUCCUGUUCCUUUCUGUACAGUACAGAUUCCCUUUACUACACACACACACCGACAGGGACCUUUUACAAACAUAAGUGGCUGUAUGUACCAUUCUGAGCAUGUGAGUAACAUGCAUUCCUUGAAUGCAAAGUGGUUCCAGCGUCCCCCACCUCAGGAAGUGUCUCAGUGCACCUCUUCAUUCCCUGGCUGGGGGUGUGAGGAGGAAGCUAGGGAGGGACCUUUACUCACAGUCUCCACAAGAUAACACAUUUUACCACUUAUAACAAAGGUGACAUUUUACAGCAAGUGCAUGUUACUCAAGUGCGGGAUCAUAUCAUACAGACCACACUCUCGGGUGUUUUUCUUAAAAUAGUUAGCGUUCAUCACAAAACUGGGAAAGUAAGACUAUUAUGAAUAAAGGAAUGCAGGCAGGAUUGGAAGAUAAGAUCAGGAAUUUGUUUAGUGCUUUGCUGUUUGGAUUCAAUAUUGAACUGAUGUUUUAGUUGCUGUGUCUUAUUAUGGGAACUGAGUGAUACCUAUGUCUGGCAUUUUCCUCUCUCAGGGACGAGGAUGGCCGGGAGUUCCUGACGGUGGAACCAGACAUCAGUGGUGAUGACUCGGAUGCCUAUCUCACCAACCUGUCCUAUUACCACCUUCUCCCCUUUGAGACGGACAUCCUGGAAUGA